AUGGCCGGCAAGGGAGUCAGGAGCCUCACCGAGGCCAUGAGGGGCCUGGCCGUCUCAUCGCAGACCUGCAGAGCGGCGAGACCAGCAUCAUUCCUCGGCUCAUCCAACUUUACGAGGUCAAUGGCCAGCGAGGCGCCAUUGUCCAAUAUCACCACUUCCGUCAACCAGAUUUGGACACCACCCACAACCGUCCCGGUCACGAUCCACGCCUUCCCGACCCUCGAGCCCCAAUCCCUCGAGUCCUACUCGACGAAGCACCUCUACCUCCCCCUCCGCCGCGACCUCCUCCACCUCGCCGUCGUCUACGAGGGCGACAGCACCCGCCAGGGCACGGCCAGCACCAAGACCCGCUGGGAGGUCCGAGGCUCGCACCGCAAGGUGCACCGCCAAAAGGGCACCGGCAAGGCCCGCGUGGGAACCAAGCAGUCGCCGAUCCGGCGCGGCGGAGGUGUCGCCCACGGCCCGAAGCCGCGCGACUUUUCGACCCGCCUGAACCGCAAGGUCUACGACGUGGCGUGGCGCACCGCGCUCAGCUACCGCUACCGCCGCGGCGAGCUCAUCGUCUGCGAGGACGGCAUGGAGCUGCCGCUGCCCCGCGUCGGGGGCUGGGGGUCCAUGGACAAGUUUCUGAAGGAGCAGUUCCGCCGCAAGUGGAUGAUGCAGGUCCUCGACGCGAACCAGUGGGGCAAGGACUUCGGCAAGACGCUGGUGAUCACGGCCGGCAAGAAUUACAGGCUGGAGACGACGAUGGCGACAGUGUACGACCAGGGAAGGCAUCUCGAGGUCGACGACGUGGAUGUUAAAGACCUGUUGGAGAUGGGGCGCGUGGUUGUUGAGCGGUCGGCGUUGAGGGAGAUGAUUGAGGCGCACCAGAGCGAUCUGGUCAGCAAGAUCUUCGUCAAUGGCCUCACGAGGAGGACCCCGACCAUUGGUGAGCCGAUAUUGUGA